AUUCCGAUUCCACCAACGUUCACUGGGCACCCCCUGAGCGCUGGGUGCUGGCCUCCGGACUUCCACGAGUGGAUGGUGAGAAAAGGAAAGACUCCUGUGAGAAGAGAGCAAGAUGAGCGGAGGGAUCUAUGCUUGAAGUUGAGUCACUUGAAAAAAGAUCUCUUUGAAUGUGGAAGAGAUCUGAGCAGAUGAAAAUACAAUCAGGAAAAUGCAACAUGGCAGCAGCGAUGGAAACAGAACAGCUGGGUGUUGAGAUCUUUGAAACUGCAGAUUGUGAGGAGAAUAUUGAAUCACAGGAUCGGCCUAAAUUGGAGCCAUUUUAUGUUGAGCGAUAUUCCUGGAGUCAGCUUAAAAAGCUCCUUGCUGAUACCAGAAAAUAUCAUGGCUACAUGAUGGCGAAGGCACCACAUGAUUUUAUGUUUGUGAAGAGGAAUGAUCUAGAUGGGCCUCAUUCAGACAGGAUAUAUUACCUUGCUAUGUCUGGUGAGAACAGAGAAAAUACAUUGUUUUAUUCUGAAAUUCCCAAAACCAUCAACAGAGCAGCAGUCUUAAUGCUCUCUUGGAAGCCUCUUUUGGAUCUUUUUCAGGCAACACUGGACUAUGGAAUGUAUUCUCGAGAAGAAGAACUAUUAAGAGAAAGAAAACGCAUUGGAACUGUUGGAAUUGCUUCCUAUGAUUAUCACCAAGGAAGUGGAACAUUUCUAUUUCAAGCUGGUAGUGGAAUUUAUCAUGUAAAAGAUGGAGGGCCACAAGGAUUUACUCAACAGCCCUUACGGCCGAAUUUAGUAGAGACUAGUUGUCCCAACAUUCGCAUGGAUCCCAAAUUAUGCCCAGCUGAUCCAGACUGGAUUGCUUUUAUACACAGCAGUGAUAUUUGGAUAUCCAACAUUGUAACCAGAGAAGAAAGGAGGCUCACCUAUGUGCACAAUGAGCUAGCCAACAUGGAAGAAGAUCCCAGAUCAGCUGGAGUUGCUACCUUUGUUCUUCAAGAAGAAUUUGAUAGAUAUUCUGGCUACUGGUGGUGUCCAGAAGCUGAAACAACUCCCAGUGGCAGCAAAAUUCUGAGAAUUCUAUAUGAAGAAAAUGAUGAAUCUGAGGUGGAAAUUAUUCAUGUUACAUCCCCUAUGUUGGAAACAAGGAGGGCAGAUUCAUUCCGUUAUCCUAAAACAGGCACAGCAAAUCCAAAAGUCACCUUUAAGAUGUCAGAAAUAAUGAUUGAUGCUGAAGGAAGGAUUAUCGAUGUCAUAGAUAAGGAACUAAUUCAACCUUUUGAGAUUCUGUUUGAAGGAGUUGAAUAUAUUGCCAGAGCUGGAUGGACUCCAGAGGGAAAAUAUGCUUGGUCCAUUCUACUAGAUCGCUCCCAAACUCGCCUACAGAUAGUGUUGAUCUCACCUGAAUUAUUUAUCCCAGUAGAAGAUGAUGCCAUGGAAAGACAGAGACUCAUCGAGUCGGUGCCUGACUCCGUGACACCACUAAUUAUCUAUGAAGAAACAACAGACAUCUGGAUAAAUAUCCAUGACAUCUUUCAUGUUUUUCCCCAAAGUCAUGAAGAUGAAAUUGAAUUUAUUUUUGCCUCUGAAUGCAAAACAGGUUUCCGUCAUUUAUACAAAAUCACAUCCAUUUUAAAGGAGAGCAAAUAUAAACGAUCCAGUGGUGGGCUGCCUGCCCCAAGUGAUUUCAAGUGUCCUGUCAAAGAGGAAAUAGCAAUUACCAGUGGUGAAUGGGAAGUUCUUGGCCGGCAUGGAUCUAAUAUCCAGGUUGAUGAAGUCAGGAAGCUGGUAUAUUUUGAAGGCACCAAGGACUCUCCUUUGGAACAUCACCUAUACGUGGUCAGUUAUGUAAACCCUGGAGAGGUGACAAGGCUGACUGACCGUGGCUAUUCCCACUCUUGCUGCAUCAGUCAGCAUUGUGACUUCUUUAUAAGUAAAUAUAGUAACCAGAAGAAUCCACACUGUGUGUCCCUUUACAAGCUUUCAAGUCCUGAAGAUGACCCAGCUUGCAAAACAAAGGAAUUUUGGGCCACCAUUUUGGAUUCAGCAGGUCCUCUUCCUGACUACACCCCUCCAGAGAUUUUCUCUUUUGAAAGUACUACUGGAUUUACAUUGUAUGGGAUGCUGUACAAACCUCAUGAUCUACAGCCUGGAAAGAAGUACCCCACUGUGCUGUUCAUAUAUGGUGGUCCUCAGGUGCAGUUGGUGAAUAAUCGGUUUAAAGGAGUCAAGUAUUUCCGCUUGAAUACCCUAGCCUCUCUGGGUUAUGUGGUUGUAGUGAUAGACAACAGGGGAUCCUGUCACCGAGGGCUUAAAUUUGAAGGCGCCUUUAAAUACAAAAUGGGUCAAAUAGAAAUUGACGAUCAGGUGGAAGGACUCCAAUAUCUAGCUUCUCAAUAUGAUUUCAUUGACUUAGAUCGUGUGGGCAUCCAUGGCUGGUCCUAUGGAGGAUACCUGUCCCUGAUGGCAUUAAUGCAGAGGUCAGAUAUCUUCAGGGUUGCUAUUGCUGGGGCCCCAGUUACUCUGUGGAUCUUCUAUGAUACAGGUUACACAGAACGUUAUAUGGGCCACCCUGACCAAAAUGAACAGGGCUAUUACUUAGGAUCUGUGGCCAUGCAAGCAGAAAAGUUUCCCUCUGAACCAAAUCGUUUACUACUUUUACAUGGAUUCUUGGAUGAGAAUGUCCAUUUUGCACACACCAGUAUAUUACUGAGUUUUUUAGUGAGGGCUGGAAAGCCAUAUGAUUUACAGAUCUAUCCUCAGGAGAGACACAGCAUAAGAGUCCCUGAAUCUGGAGAACAUUAUGAACUGCAUCUUUUGCACUACCUUCAAGAAAACCUUGGAUCGCGUAUUGCUGCUCUGAAAGUGAUAUAAUUUUGACCUGUGUAGAACUCUGGUAUACACUGGCUGUUUAACCAAAUGAGGAGGUUUAAUCGAUAGAAAACAUGGAAUUGAUCAUCACAUUUUGGUACCUGCCACAUAACAUCUACUUCUGAAAGUAUAUUUGGUGCCAUUGCAGGCAUCUACAGCUUGUGGGUAGUAAUCUAAUACCUUAACCAUACACAUACAAAAUUGAACGACAUAUUUCUAAAGGACCCAGCAAUACCAUGAGAAUUACUGAAAGAAAUAAGACAUUAGCACCAUGUAUCCAUACUACCUUAUUUUCACUUCUUAAUAGCAUUAUAAACCUCAUGGACUUAAUUAGUGUAUUUUUACAGUAUACUUCUGAGUUUGUUAAAAUAUGAUGAUAUUAGUGAUUGGUUUGGUUCAAUUCCAGAAACUCUGACUAGUUACAGAUUUGAUAGCACUUAAACGUAAUUGAAUAGCUUACGCUUCAUUGCUUGGGGUGUAUCCAGCAUGUUAUGAACUAAUCACUAUUAAACCUAUGACUUAACCAGUCAUUAAUGAUUUUUCAAGGAUAAUUUAGUGGCCUCCUAAAAACACUUAUUUUGUUUCACUCAAGCUCUGACCAAUUUUAGCCAAUUUCAGCUGUAUCUAGUAUAAAUAGUUUUCUCUGAUGAUAUGACAGAGUGGGUUUUUCCUUUCAUAAAAAGGCAAGUAACUGUACAUGUAGCAUGGUUUAAUUAGUCUUAUAAUAUUGAUAAUUACAGGCAGAAAAAUUUUAAUCAAAUGGUUAGAGCUUAAAUAUUUGCAGGCAAUUUCUUCUCCUUUAAGAAAAGAGAAAAGUACGCAUUAACUUGUACUCUUCAGAAAAUUUAGUGGGGCCAGUUUCCAUUGGGUAUUUCCUUACUGAAAUGUUCCAGAGUUCUAGGGUGAUGGAAGGGAAUCAUGGUAGGGUGGGAGAUACCGGGAGUGGUUAAUGACAGGGAGAAGAAAAGGAGAGGAUCUGCUUAAGAACUAAGUAGAAGUAAAAUUUGACCAAAAAUCCUCAUGAAAAAGUUAGGGGGGUGAAAUUUAAACUGCUAGAAUGUUAGUUAAGGAAACCAGAAUGAAGAAUCACUGUCUUGCCAACACAGUUACAGACUAACAUUAUUCAGGGAGGAAAAGUUCCUUAUUUUUCUAAUUCUCAUUUUUUGUUACUUUCAUCUUAAUUUUGGUAACCUUACAAAUUUAAACAUUUUA